AUGCCCGACCUACCUACUAAAGCCGAUUUCCUCGCCCACCGCCUCGUAGCGUGUCCCGUGCCGGAUGAAGACACUGACUGUCCCAUCUGUCAGGAGCAGUUUACAUCAGCACCUAGUACCCUGAACGAUAUCACUGAAUCGGAUUCUACGUCUCUCCCAGAUGGUGCCACUAAUGAAGAUGCCGAAAGCCGCGUACCCACGCGGAUGCUCUGCUGCAAUAACGUCUUUUGUCACCGCUGCAUCACCGCCUGGCUUAAUUCGGCAAACACGUGUCCAACCUGCCGUGUACAACUCUUUGAAGUACCAGAACCAGAACCAGAGCCAGAGCCAGACCCAUCCGAAUUUGAUGAAUCUGAUGAAUCUGAUGGAUCUGAUUAUGAAGGGGAAUAUUAUGAGGAGGAGUUCGAUGUACUCAUGCAGUUUGAUACUGACGAUUGA